AUGACUGGGAUGAAGAAGCCGAAGGAGGGUGGACUGCAGGUUUCCAGCUCGGUCGCGAGGUUCUCUAGUACGAAGGCGUUGUCGUACGAAGGGCUGCUGUCGGAAGAGGAGCUGGCCGUGUUGAGAGCCAUCGUGGCUCGAGAAGCGGGGCUGGUCGAGUUGUUGCGCUGCUGCUGCGCGUUUGAGGACGACCAGAGUGUUGAGCUGCUUGAGGCCCUCAUACGCGUUCGAGAGCUCUCGCUAGCGACUGUGGAUGCGGUGGCAGGGUGGCGACGACGCAUGAUCCAGAUCCGCCCGUUCCUGUGGCGAGACGUCAACUACGUGCUCAAGAUGACCUGCGACCUCGACUUCGUGAGCAAGAGCCAGCUCGCCACCGCUGCGAUGGACGGAGUGCGCUUGCCUCGUCGAAACCCGUUCUCGACGAUCGGGGGCCUGGACAACAGCAUGCGCGUCUUCUGGGCCAUCGAAAUGCCCCAAGAAGAGGACUUGUCCGUGCUACUGGACUCGGCGUCGUUCGCACCCCGUCGACGUGCCUGCUUUUUGCUCUACGAAGAGCAGCGCUACGGUAAGUUUUCGAGGGCGCAAGCUGCCGCCGAUCACCGGUUGAAGGAGUUGGUGCAGAAGGAAGCGGAGUUCGCGUCCAAGGCGCGCUUUGGCGCUGUGGAAGAGUUGAAGAGUAGCUGA